AUGGCGUUGUUGAUUCCGGCGGUGUGGGGCGGCCUGGCCUGGGCGCUGACCUUCGGUCUGCUGGAAUUGCAUCCGCUGGCCUACCUCCUGGUGACGGCGGCAAUGCUCAAGACGACGUUUUCGGUGCGGAUGUUGCAUCGCGUUGCCGCCGACAUCGGGCGGAUACUGGCCACCGGCGACAUCGCCGAAGUGCGGCGGCGGAUGUCCGCGCUGGUCAGCCGGGACACUUCGCAGCUGACACCGGCACAGGCGGCGGCAGGAGCCAUCGAGUCGGUUGCCGAAAAUGUUACCGACAGCGUGGCGUCGGCGCGCCUCGAUGACGCGGCGAAUUUGAUACCGGCGCGGCUGGCGGCGGUGAUGCUGUGGCUAUCGACGUUGGCAUUGCCGGGGAUGCUCGCCGGGCGAGCCGGUCGCAUCAUGCUGGCGCACCACGGCAGAACGGAGUCGCCCAACGCUGGCUGGACCAUGGCGGCCAUGGCCGGAGGGUUGGGAGUAACGCUGGAGAAGGUGGGCCACUACCGUCUGGGCGACCCGGCUCCGGAACCGUGCGCGCGUCACAUCGGCCGGGCGACACGGGCGUUGUACGCGACAACGGCGCUGGCGGCGCUGGUCGCAGUCGGCGUCAUCUGGCUGCGGUGGAUAUUCGGCUGGGCAGUGUAG